AUGGAGAAUCUUGAAAAGACGGUGAAGCAGGCUGUAUCUACUUCAUUCACUGUUAUUCUUGUGUAUGUUGAUGAUCUUGUUCUUGCUGGCAAUGAUAUAGCUGAGAUUAACCACAUCAAACAGCAGCUAGACCAAGCCUUCACCAUUAAGGAUCUUGGAGACCUUCGCUACUUCUUAGGACUUGAACUUGCCAGAACAAAAGAUGGCAUUUUUCUUUCACAGCGUAAAUUUGCCCUUGAGCUACUUGAGGAUACUGGUUACCUAGCUUGUAAACCUGCCACUACUCCCAUGGAUCCCAACCUUAAGCUUUCUAAAGAUAAAGGAGUGUUACUUGAUGAUCCUAAAUCUUAUAGAAAACUCAUUGGCAGACUUCAAUAUCUUACUACUACUCGGCCAGAUUUAAGUUUUGCUACUCAACAGCUCAGUCAGUUUAUGUCAACACCUAGGGAUACACAUUUGCAAGCUGCGCAUAGGGUCUUGAGAUACAUUAAGUCCUCCCCAGGUGCUGGGCCAUUUCUCUCUUCUAAUUCUGAUCUAAGACUCAAAGCCUUCAGCGAUUCUGACUGGGCAAGCUGUGUUGAUAGUCGUCGAUCUGUCACUGGCUAUGCCAUCUUUCUUGGUUCUUCACUCAUUUCAUGGAAAGCAAAGAAACAGCCAACUGUUUCACGUUCUUCUUCAGAGGCUGAAUAUCGUGCUAUGGCCUCCACCACAUGUGAAGUUCAAUGGCUUUUAUAUCUGCUAAAUGAUUUCAGCAUAUCUCAUUUUGAUCCUGCUUUUCUUUACUGUGAUAACUAG